GUUGACAGCAGCGCCGUCGCUUUUUCCUUUUUUUCCUCUUCCUCUAACCUCUCUUCCGUUCCUCCCUCUUUUCUUUCUUUCCUUCUAUUUAAAAAAAAACCCCAAAACACGCCGCCGCGUGUGCGCGCGCGUCUGUACAGUAUGCGUGCGCGAGGGAGUGUGUUUAUGUAUUUAUGCAUCUUCGGUUAACGUGUCGGAGGUGUUCGUGUCCGGGGGGGUUACGUCGCCGCACUCGCUCCCGCAAAUGAGAAGAGACGCAGAAGAUGGAGCUUCACAUUCUCGAGCACCGGCUGAAAGUGGCGAGCAUCGAGAAGGAGGGCGUCCAGGUGUGCACGCACGGGCUGGUCAAGCUCGCCUUCCUGGCCUCCAGGACCAGAUGCAAGUUUUUCAGUUUGACGGAGACUCCGGAGGACUACACCAUCAUCGUCGACGAGGAAGGCUUUAAAGAGCUGCCGCAGUCGGAGCACAUCAGCGUCGCCGACGCCACGUGGUUGGCCCUCAACGUGGUGUCGGGGGGCGGCAACGCCUCCAACUCGCAGCCCAUCGGCGUCACCAAAAUCGCCAAGUCGGUCAUUGCGCCGCUGGCCGACCACAACAUCUCCGUGUUCAUGCUGUCAACGUAUCAGACGGACUUCAUUCUGGUUCGAGAGCGAGACCUGCCGAUGGUCAUGCACACGCUGUCUUCCGAAUUCACUCUGCUGCGGGUCGUCAACGGGGAGACGGUUGCUGCGCACAAUCUGGGAGUCACCAAUGGAUUUGUAAAGCCAAAACUUGUGCCCCGUCCCAUCAUUCACCCUCUAUCCAGUCCCAGCAACAUGUUCUGUGUGACCAGCCUGGACCCAGACACUCUGCCCUCCGUAGCCACUCUGCUCAUGGACGUCAUGUUUUACUCCGGAGGGACGAAAGAGACCGGAGCCUCCGGCGACGACUCCAACCACAUCCGCUUCUUCUCCUUCUCCCUGAUCGAGGGCUACAUCUCGCUGGUCAUGGACGAACAGACAACUCAAAGGUUUCCAAACAACGUCCUCUUCACCAGCGCUUCUGGUGAGCUUUGGAAAAUGGUCCGCAUCGGGGGACAACCUUUAGGAUUCGACGAGUGUGGCAUCGUGGCUCAGAUAUCAGAGCCACUGGCAACAGCUGACAUUCCAGCUUACUACAUUAGCACCUUCAAGUUUGACCACGCCCUGGUUCCGGAAGAAAACAUCCAGAGCGUGAUCGGAGCUCUGCGGACCGAGAGCGCGGCGCAGUGAAGGAAGAAAAGUUCCAAAGUCACUUUGCGCUCUAACGUUUGCCGUGUCCACAAAAAGGUGCCAAGAGCUUAUUUAGCCGUCGACUGUGGACGGACUCGGAAAAGAAGGACGAGGUCUAAGCACAGAGUGAGGGUGGAGUUUUAGUUUGUAGUUUUUUGGGGGGGGGCGGGCGGGGGGGGCGUGACAGUGUGAUGGGGAAUCACCUUCGUGACUUGAUCAUCUAUCAGUUUCCCUCAACCUCUCCUCUCCCCACCGCUCUGGUAGUUGUUGCUUUAGUUCACCAGACUUCAGUUUCUUUUCCUCCUUAAAGCUGCUUCUUCCUCCCACUCCCCGACCCCCCCCCACCCCCGUGAGCAUCAAUACUGUAUUAGUCACAUGAUUCCUCUUAUGGUAGGAUGACGAAUGUACUCUGGAAAAAAAAAGAAAGAUAUAUAUAUAUAUACAUAUAUAUAUAUAUAUAUAUAUCUCUCAAGCGCUCCAUUUCUUUUUCUUUUUGCUUUGGAUUUUGUUUUUUUUUGUUUUCCCCCCCACAGGUCAUUUUCUCAGUGCCAAGAUGUUUGAAUGACUGAACUGAUGCCUUUUGUCAAAAUACUACUCAUGUGCAAUUGAAGGAGACACUUUUCGGAGACAGUCGGUGACGACAGACGAGCCUGGUCGAGUAACAUAUGGUUUGUCGUCGUUGUUUUUUUGUUGUUGCUUUUAUCAGAUGUUCAACAGGUUUUAAUCGCACGGGGAAUUCCGAUGCUCGGUUCUGGUGAAACAUGAAGUGACUCCACCGAAUCUUUAUGCGGAAUUCAUCUUUGAUGAGUUGUAUGCAUUCGCGCUGUGAGCAGCCCCGGUCAGCGGGUCACACACAAUCAGCCGGGGGAAAGAGAAGUUUUUAAAACAGAUAUUUUCAUGUUAUUUGAAUCUAUAAUUGAUUUUUUUUAAUUGAUUCUUAUGGCGGGCUCACGCCAAACACGGCGGGAAUUUCUUCGUGCAAUGAGGUUACAAGACAAAGACGCGGGAUUAUCUGUCAUUCACUUGAGUUGAAAUCUAGCAAAAUGUUUGUAUGAUGCAAGGAAACAAAGGAGAGAAACCAGUUACUGUAGCGUUGAGAUCCUCCCGCCGCCGCGUCCGAUCGAAGAACGGACGGAUCUUCUUGGGUUGCGUUUAAUCGACACGUUGCGUUUGGUGUAGAAGCAGCGUUAAACGGGCGCGCACACUUUCUGCGACAUUAAUCAACGGCGUCGGAUUUGCACUCGAGAGUCUGAUUAGUUUAUUCAAUGUAUAAUUUCAUACAAUAGAAAAUAAGAGUCCAGCUCGUGAGAGGAUCACACAGCACUCAGGACUCACCGUCACUACAUUACUGAUUUAAUACUCAAGUCGUCUCGGACUUCGUUCUGAUCUGCACAUCUGCAAACUCGCAGCUGCUGCUGCUCUCCAUCACUUAAACCUUCCGACACUAAGAUGAUGAUGCUACUGUCACACUGCACUGAAUACGUUAGCGACCACUACGAAAUCAGCCGCCGCCAUCUUUAACGUCCACAUCGCAGAUUCAAACUGAGCAAACUUUUCAGUUCGUACAAUUUCAGUCCUCUUUAACGAAGAACAACAGUCACACAAAACAGCUGUAGCCUCUUUUGUCUUCUCUUAUAUUUCACUAAUUAAUCUUUAAAUACAUUAUAUAAAUAAGUCACUACACUGAACAACGUUCUUCAGGCACUCGCACGUUUAGUCGUCAAAACCACUAAGCUGUUUGUUUGUUUUAUCAUUUUUCAAAAGUUUCGAUUAAAGCGGCGGAGGAAGAGACGAAAGUCAAAGUGGUUUCACACGAUGAAAUAAGUGUAAAGAAAAGUCACAAUCAUAUUUAAAUGUUAGUGUAAUGAAAAAAUGUAGGUAAAAUAAAAAAGCAUAGAAAUUAGAUGAAUAUGCCGCAGAUGCAAAAGGUUUAAAACAAAUGAUCAAUACAAAUUAUCCUCAGUUGCCGUCCGACGUCAGAGCUCAUUAUUGGCUGCUCAUAGUUAACGGAUAAAGGAUGAAGAAGGUGUGAUAUAAGUUGCUAUAAGAUAUUAUAAAAUAUAUAUAUAUGUAUUUAUUCCCUUUCUUAUCGAGAGGACUGAUGCCACCGUCACGUCCGCGCGUUCCCUUUGCAGCCGGAGCCAGGAAGUGAUUGACUUAGCUUAGCUUAGCAUUAAAAACAAAAUGGCCCCGGGGGUGAACGGUAGCCUGGCCUGGUCCACAGUUACAUACGAUACAACGACAGGAGUCUCUACACUAAACAGAUCAGUACGUUGUGUUUUGUUUGAUUCCUCUCGGCACAAGCGGAAGUGUUGAAAUGGACAUUCGCGUGGCGUCCGCGUGGCGUCCGCGACUUUCCCGUGGAAAAGGACAAAGUUGUCCGUCAAUAAAUAAUUAACACUAAGUCAGAGCUUUGAUUUUGUGUUUAGUCUUUUCUAUGGCCGAUCGCACAGUCAAAGUUCAGCCUCUGCCGAACGUGUGUUUCCCGGCGACUGUAUCGAUCACGUUGCUCACGGCGCGAAGCCGCAGUGCAUCAGACCUGAGGAUGAUGUCUGCAAUCUGAAGUAUGCCGAUGAAUUUACUGUACUUCAACGAUGACACGUGCGAAGCGUAAGCUACGGUUCACGCCGGGGGGGGGGGGACGUCUCCCUCUCCGAGCCCCCGGUGGACAGAACGUGGAGGUGUUGAAGGUGAAGCUAGCCCCGCCCCUUCCCCCGCCCCCCAGUCUGCACUUUAACACAGGCCCCGCCCCCCACAGGCCUGCUGUCAUGAUGUGAAAAAAAAACGGGGAAGGGCCGUCGACUUCAGAGAGAUUCUGUCCAGACGGGGAGAUUUCUGUUGGUCUUUAAAGCAUUUGGUGAUUAUUUUAUUAUUAUUAUUAUUAUUUCUUUCCUCGUUCUUUGUGUGACGCCUAACAGCCGCCGGUUCUUCUGAUCAGUUCACGAUUAGUAGAAAAGACCUUGUAUUUAUCAGUGUUAAUACGUGAGGAGGUGACAUUUCUUCUGAUUCCAUUUCAAGGAAAAACGUCUCGAGCUUUUCAGUUGGAGCUUCUCGUGUGGAAAAAAACAAAAUAAACAAGCUUUUCAUUUUUUGAGCUUCA